ACACCGUGUCAUUCGAUUUGAAUCAUAAUGAAUUCACAAGUACAAGUCUGUGAGCACACAAUCGUGACUGUUUGAUACGCUCUUAACUUUCGACUUCGUCGAUGAAAACGCGCGCGAACUGUUAGACAAACAAGUGUACGUGUAAAAGUACAAGUACAUAUAUAGUACAGAAUGGUUGUAUGAGUUUUACUCUUACUGCCUAACGGCAGCCAGCAUCCUGUUGAAUCCCGAUAAUGAGCUAACUGUGCUUAUAAUAGAAAAGGAAGAAAACAGGCCAGUUGACAACGCGAUACACCAGCUAGAACCAGCGCAUUGAUCAGUCCGUCUGCUAUCGUGACCUCAUCCGAACAUACUUUAUAUAUUUAAUAAUUAUGAAGUUUUGGUAUGUUAUAUGUACUUUCGGCAUUCUACAAAUUGUGCAUACUGCCGAGGCUGAGAUCCUUGAGAGCAAUCUUGUGUCUUGUCAGAAAAUCGUCAGUUUCCGAAACAGCCGCAGAGUCCCGUAUUUGGAAACGUAUAACCAGGAAAUAACGAGUAUAUUUCACAGAACCCAAGUUCGAUGGAAUUACAGAACCGAGUAUUACACAUCGUGGCGCUCAGAAAAGGUAUGUUGCCCUGGCUAUACAGAGAUAAAUGGUGCGUGCGAGCCAGUUUGCAAGCCUGCUUGCGGAAACGGCACGUGCACAAGCGUGAACGUGUGCAGUUGCGAUUCCGGAUACAGCCAACAAAGCUCCGGCGAUUACGAAUUUGCCUGCGUUCCUGUGUGCACUUUUGCAUGCCAGCAUGGCAGAUGCACCGCACCUGAGUUUUGCACGUGUGACGAUGGAUAUUCGUUGAGCACUUACGUCAACUUCAUCUGCAAACCGAUUUGCAAAUCGCCGUGCGAAAAUGGAUCAUAUUGUGACAAACCCGACCACUGUGCCUGUCCGUCAGGAUACGCCGAAAUAACUACCGGCAAUGACAGUGCAUCUAUGAGCUGCGAACCUGUUUGCAAGAACAAGUGCAUAAACAGCGUGUGCAAAGCCCCCAACAUCUGCGCUUGCAAUGAAGGCUACGAGCUCGAUCUAGAUAAUUUAUUCGUCUGCAAACCCAAGUGCGACAAAGAUUGUAUUGUGUAUGGUGGCACGUGCACAGCACCCAACGUGUGCACUUGCCAAAACGGCUACUCGCUACAGAAGUCGGACGUUUGCGAGCCGAUUUGCAGCCAAGGUUGCGUCAUGGGUGCCUGCGUGGCCCCUGAGAAAUGCAAGUGUUUUGAGGGCUACGGAUUACUGGACGACUCGAGCUAUAUUUGCAAGCCGAUCUGCUCGAAAACUUGUUACAACGGGAGAUGCAUCGCACCAGACACUUGCAUAUGCAACGAAGGAUAUCGUAGCCUUUAUGACAAAAGGAACAUGUUUUGCGAACCAUACUGCGAGCCUGCCUGCAGUAACAGAUUCAGUUACUGCGCGACACCGAACCGAUGCAAGUGUUUACCAGGAUAUCAAGCUGUUAAUAGUACGCAAAACAAAGCAGACGAUAGUAACUCGCUUUUGCAGAGUACAUCAGAUUUAAUGUGCGAGCGAGUUUGCGAUCCGCCAUGCGUAAAUAGCUACUGCAAGGAAGGGAAGUGCGUGUGCUACGAGGGCUAUCGUAUUAAGUUCCCUUGGUACGGACAUGGGUUUAUCGAUAGCGUAAGAAGGAAAGAAUUGAACAAGGAUUUCUGCGAGCCAAUUUGCAACCCGCCUUGCGAAAACGGCCAGUGCUCCAAGCCCAAUGUGUGCAUCUGUAACGAAGGCUACCGACUGUCCAAGAACAACACGAACACAUGCGAACCUGUCUGCAAGCCGGCCUGCGUAGAGAAUACAUUCUGCUUGCACCCCAACAUAUGCGCUUGCAACACGAACUAUCACCCGAGUUACCAACCUUCCGAAUUUCUCAGCCUGCGAUAUAAAGAAUUAAGAUGCAAGCCGAUCUGCAACAUCCCUUGCACCAACGGAACGUGCGUAGCGCCAAAUGUGUGCCAAUGCUCGCCAGGUUACGAGAAUAUAAGUAACACUGGAUGCAAGCCCGUCUGCACAAUGUGCAACAACGGCACCUGCGUCGCGCCUGAAGUCUGUGAAUGCGACGACGGAUUCAUCUUAGAACAACCGGACGGCGGAACCGAGAGAUCACUGACCGUCCCUGAGGACGAGCCAGGAAACAGAAAGAAAUGUAUACCGAGUUGCGAAGGCUGCGAUAACGGUGAAUGCGUGGCGCCGAAUGAUUGUCGGUGUAACGCUGAUUUCCUGAAGAUCAAUGACACCUGUGUGUAUGCGUGCGAGAAUAUCUGCGGCACUCAUAGCGAGUGCAACAUCGGUAGCAGAGGCUGCGAGUGCAAUUACGGAUGGACCGGAAUGCAUUGCGAUCAACCGGAUGUGUGCGUCUUAAUUUUAAACAACGACGAUAAUCGCAUUGACACAUUGAAAAUUAUCGAGAAAUACAACGCCACGAUUGAACAUGUUUUCACGAAUAACCCAGCAUGUCCGGAAUGCAUUAAUAAAUUAAACAAUGAGACUUUGUGCUUUAAGACACACAUCGAUGAUACGAAGAAUGCCAUACGAAUCGGUUGUUUAAUAGAUGGAGAAUGUCUUCAAUUGCGGAGCAAAUACGAGGAUCAAAAAGAAAUGAUCAAGCUAAGUGGUAUUACAAUAAGUGUUGGAAUAUUAAUUCUAAUUGCAACUACAGCAACAUAUAUUUUACUGCGGAAAUAUCGAAAUGGACAACUAAACUAUUUAGCUGAAAGAAAUAUUCAAAAUACCUCGAUGCAAGGACUAAUUGAAGAAGAAGACCACAGCACAUCCUGCCUCAUGCACAUCAACAUAAUACACGCUGGUACAGAGCAAGAGAUAAAGGAGAUAAAUCACUGGGGAAGAACGCACUGUAAUGACCAGUCUAAAUAUUACAGAGCACAUGUCGACACCGUGGAAAAGCUAGAAAUAAUGAAGUUAUUCAGAAGUUUGACAAUUAUUCUAGCUACCGGAGUAUUGCUACUGGAAGUGGGAAAGUGGUCACGUAGUGAAGUCUGUGCCUCAAGCUAUCUAAAAGAAUAUGCCCCGAGUUAUUUAUUACACGAUCCAAUGCUACAUACUACCGAAGAAGGAGUAUGCACUGUAGUAGUCAGUCGCCUGAUAUCGCAAUACGUUCCUUAUACAGAAACUUAUAGAGCGAAAUCAUGGUUCUUUUAUAGAAUCAAGACUCGUCAGAAUUACAGACUAGAGUAUCAUACCAUACACACAACAGAACGCAAUUGCUGCAAGGGUUAUCGAAAAGUCGGCUCACUCUGCAAGCCGUACUGUGCGACACCUUGCGAGAAGGCGGUGUGCGUAGCUCCAAACACGUGCAUGUGCAAUGUGGGCUAUCAGACCGCGGAAGGCACAAACGGUACAAAGUGCCAACCGGUAUGCGCGAAUGGUUGCGUUAAGGGCACAUGCGUCGAACCUGAUAUUUGCGAAUGCAACAAGGGCUAUUGGAUGAGCUCGGACGGGAUUACGUGUCUCCCUAUCUGCGACAAAGAGUGCGAAAGAAACUACGGAUUUUGCUCCGAGCCACACGUAUGUUCGUGCCACCCAGGCUACAGAAAAGCAAGCGACGACCUUCCGUACAAAUGCGAGCCUAUCUGCGACUUCGAGUGCACAAACGGUCGCUGCGUAGCGCCUAACGUCUGCAAAUGCACGGAAGGCUACGAGAAGGACCAGUUCGAUCCGAACUUCACCUGCUCGCCAAAGUGCAGCGAGGGUUGCGUUUCUGGCACGUGCACGGCGCCGGAAGUUUGCACCUGCAAUUACGGUUACAAGGCUACGGUGAAUGCUAGCGUCUGCGAACCGGUCUGCAGCGAGCCCUGCAACAUGGGGAUCUGCGUGGCACCUGAGACCUGCAGUUGCAACGACGGCUACGGUCUUGUCGCCGACUCCAAUUACAUCUGCGAGCCGAUCUGCCAAUUCAAUUGCAACCACGGUACGUGCACCGCGCCCGGAGUGUGCACCUGCGACCAGGGCUUUGUUUAUGACAACAGCACGGAAACAAUAUGCAAACCGCGUUGCGAGAUCCCUUGCGGGCCGAACGGAGAGUGUACAUCGCCCAAUAACUGUACCUGCUUCAAGGGAUAUCGCGCGAUCCCUUCAAACGCCUCCAGUACAUCGGACAAUUCUACGGCAGACUUUCGUCCCAUCUGCCAGCCAGUUUGCGAGUUCGAGUGUAUCAAUGGCGAAUGCACCGCUCCAAACGUAUGCACUUGCACCAAAGGAUAUUAUCCGCUUUGGGUCGAGUCUCAUCAGCAAUUCCUUUCGCUCGACAACAGCACAUCGCGCAUUUGUAAGCCAGACUGCCACCCUCGCUGCGGAGCGAACGAAGUAUGCGCCGCACCCAACGUCUGCACCUGCAAGGACGGUUACGCGAAGGACACGAACGGUCUCUGUGCGGCCCUUUGCGCUGAGGACUGCGCUAACGGCACGUGCACAGAGCCGAAUCAUUGCACGUGCGAUAGCGGCUUCGAGUCGCGAAACGGCAGCGGCUGCGAGCCAAUUUGCGAGCGCGGCUGCGAGAACGGCGACUGCGUCGCGCCGGAUCAUUGCGUGUGUCACGAUGACUUUGUGGAGAACACCGGCUACGACUUCGUAGCAGAGUGCAUUCCCGCGUGUACUCGCAAUUGCAGCGGACACGGUGAAUGCGUUAUUGAAGAUGAGUACAAUUGCAAAUGCAACGUCGGAUGGAGGGGCUGGGACUGCGAAGAACCGACCGUGUGCGUUGUAACGAUGAGUCUCAACCGUAGCGAUAUCAACAGGAUCACGAUCAUCAACAGCACGGAUAGCGCAACUAUGCAGACGCUCGCGGAUGCGUUGUCCUGCUAUCAGUGCGAUAGCUUUCUUAGUAACAUAUCGCUCUGUUAUAUGAUAUAUUCUGACGAAGCCGACGCUGCGACUCCUGCUGUCAGUUGCUUACUUAGCACAGAAUUGCCUUGUUACAACGCUUCGUCUUACGGCAUCAGGAUAACUUGGUCUGUUGUUCCUGUUGUUGCUGUAAUCGUGAUAGGUCUGACAACGACGGUGUACUUAAUAUAUCGCAAGCAUCGUAGAGAUCAACUGAUUGCAGGUAAUUCAACCGUCCAUUUAAUGCGAGAUACUCCCACUACCGAAUCUUCACCCUGCGAAAAUCCUACCUGUAUCUGAAGAACAUCAACGUAAAGAUAGUCGUUGUAAACGAACUAGCGAUAAAUUAGAUUGUACUUUAUUGGUUACGCAUUUCUGCAGCAUUUUCUGAAAGAUUAAUACAUAUUCUCAAGCAAUCGUUGCUAUUACCAGCGACAUUGUCAAGCGCGAUUCUAAGAAAAUGAUUAUUUUUCUAAGCAAAUAUAUCAAGAUAUUC